UAUGGCUGCUCAAAAGACCUGAGCCAGACUGACAAAACAAGGAAGAUAUUCCUCGAUUUCCAUAACGAUGUUCGUCGCAACAUAUCUACCGGAAUUCAGCCGAAUAGACCGGUUUAUAGCCGGUUCCUCGGACCAGCUAAGAACAUGUACAAACUGAAAUGGGACUGUGACCUGGAGAAAAAAGCACAGUACCAGGUCUCCUCAUGCAUUUUCAAAGUUGCACCCGGGUCGUGCCGUUUGUCAAUGUCUCAAAACAGUAUAAGCGUUAAUUACGUAAACGGUAAGGAAGAAGGAGGCCUUAGAAUUCGCUCAGAAAAAUUGGAUGAACCCCGUGAUGACGUAUGGAGUACCACCCAAUCGCAAAUAGCGAAUCACAAAAAUAUGAAGCUUGGAUGUGCAUAUAAGGUCUGCGGCUCCGAGAUGCUGGUAUCCUGCAUUUAUGGCACUAAAAGAAUACCACCGAUGCAAGAGUUGUGGGAAAAUGGAAGAACCUGUGAGUGCGACGCUCAUCCCGACUCAUUUUGCUCGAACGGUAUUUGCGAAACUAACAUGGUGAUGAAACCUGAAACCAAAACAUCUACUAAGAAGCCCAGGCCACCAGUGUAUGAUUGCGAAAUCGAAGCAAACGCACUGAGGCAUGCCGAGAAAUGCAGAUGGGGACAUUCCAUCAAAGCCGACAGAUUCGGUCUUGGUGAGAAUGUAUGGGCGAGCCUUCAACCGGAAAUGAAUAGGUCACUUGCAGCGGAAAUGGCACGUUCAAAGGAAGAUUUCAAAAUAAAUAUAGAAAAUGAAACCAACCGAUCAAAAGGAUCACCAACGAACUUGCGGACAGUUGUCACGGAGCCG